AUGGUCACGAAUUUGACGAAGGCCGGGGAGUCGCUUAUUAUCUUUGACAAAAGCCAUGCAGCCGCAGAGGCGGUGGCAGGCGAAGCGGUCAGAGCAGCAACAAGUGUGGCAGAGGUUGCUCAGAAUGCGGAGGUGGUCUUCUCUGCAUUGCCAGACGACAAUGUGCUGCAGGCAGUGUCUUCGGAGCUUCUGCCGGCUUUGGCAGCUCGAGGCGGUCGCCCGAUUCAUGUCUCUUGCUCGACCGUGUCGCCGAGCAUUUCACGGUCCUUGUCUGAGGCGUAUGCAGCCAGAGCCGUGGGCUUCGUGUCCGCUCCCGUCUUCGCACGUCCUGAUGGAAUGCGACGUGGUGAAGCAACAUUCCCGGUGAGCGGACCAGGCUGGGCGAAGAGCAGGGUGGUCCCCUUGCUGCAGAAGACUGCGCUUGGUGUUCAUGAUUUUGGCGAGGAUGCGGGUGCAGCCAACGUGGUCAAGCUUGGCGGGAAUUUCCUUAUUGCUGCUGCGAUUGAAUCGAUGGCGGAGGCAUCGGCACUGGCAGAGAGCUAUGAUGUUGACCGGGAGAAAUUCAUGUCCCUGAUGUCCUCUACCAUUUUCGACUGCUUGAUUUACAAAGGAUACGGUCAUCGUGUAGCUGCCAGAGACCAUCACCCUUACCCAGAUGCCCAUUUUGCACUGGACUUGGGCAGCAAGGACGUUUCGCUUGUGCAUCUCGCGGCUGCACAGGCACGCUGCCCAAUGCCACUGGCUUCCCUACUCCGUGAUCGGUUCGUGGCAUCGCAGAAUGCCGGAAGAGGCAAGCUUGAUUGGUCGGCCGUGGCACUAAAGGCCUCAGAAGAGGCAGGCAGCAAACAGGUUGCCGAUACCAUCCGGAGCCUGCAGGGGCUCGAGUGA